UCCCCUUCGCCGGCCCAACCGACGCAGGGAUCGGUCUGUUCAACGCGUGCUCAUGCAGCUCAGGCGGGUUGCGGCAAAGUCUGCUGCCGAGGAUGGUCGUGCUGAGCCUCGGAGUAGCUGUCCUUCUGUGCUGUUCUACAGCCAUUUCAGACCACAUGGUGGACGUGCCGCUAGGCGCUAUUUUCGAAGACGAAAAGACCCUUCAGGAGGAAGAGGCUUUUCGUUACGCCGUGGAUCAGAUCAACGCCAGACCGGACCCAUUCUCCCGAAAGCUCGGCUAGUUCCCCGCCUGGUCACUUGGACAAGGGAGAUCCGCUAUUGGCAAUCAGGAAAGGUUGCAAUUUGAUGGCAGAUGGGAUCGCCGCCAUAGUGAGUUCUACUUCCUGCCCCACCAACAUCGCCCUGCAGUCCGUGUGCAACGCCAUGCACGUGCCGCUCGUCUUCGUGGCACGUGACAACUGUCAGGUCACGGCCGGCAGGAAAUACACGCUGAGCAUGCGCCCGGAGGCCUCGGGAAUCGACAGGGCUUUAGCUGACGUCAUCCUUCAGCAGAGGUGGAGGAGCAUGGUGGUGUUCUAUGACGACUAUUACGCCUUCAGUAGAAUCCAGAAUGUCCUGGCGCUGACCCGGGGGAACUUCAUGGAGGUGAUCGUGCUGAAGCUGCCGUCCCUGUCUAACGGCAGUCAGGUGAUCGUGGGUCUGCCGAGCGGGCAGAAGGAGAUCUCCGACUACGGGGAGAAGCUGAAGCGGGUGGUCAUCCUCUGCACGGUGGAGAACACCAUACGACUGGUCAAGCAGGCGAAUCAGAUGAACCUGUUCACUCCUGAACAUCACUGGGUGAUAGCAAAUCAAGAAGUUAGCGACAAGCAGCUUUUGGCAAUCAACGCAUCCCGCGGAGUCCUGACGGUGGUUCGUAAACUGAUCUCAUUUAGCGAGUACACCGACAAGUUUAUGGCAUAUUGGAGAUCUCUCCCGGCGAACGUCACCGACGGGGCAACCACAAGUCCUUACGACGUGAAGAUGACAGCUGCGUACAUGUACGACGCGGUGUUACACAUAUCCAGGGCUGUCUACGCUCUCUUCCUGGACAGACAGUGGAUCGGUCCCAACAAGCUCAGAUGCUCGAUCGAUGUGUCGGUGCCGUGGCCUGGAGGUCCCCCGCUGAUGGAGACUCUGAGGAAGGUCAGGACGCCGGGGGUGCUGGGCAAGUCAGGGUUCGAUGACACGGGCUACAACAUCAACUCCCAGAUGCAGGUCCUCAGGCUGGAGAAAGUAGUCAAUAAAACAAGAGUGGAAGUGGCAGGUAUGUGGGACCCUGUGACCAGACUGAACACCACCGCCCGGACCUUACCUGCCGGCACUCCGCGGGUAGACAUACGGAACAAAACAUUCAGGGUGGUCACACUGGAGGAGGAGCCGUUUGUGUUCAAGAGAAUGACUCCGGUGGGCGUGCGGUGGGAGGGUUUCGCCAUGGACAUGCUGACGGAGCUGUCCAAGCUGCUGGGGUUUAAGUACAAGCUGUAUGAAGUACAGGAUAAGAAGUACGGCAGUCCUCAGGAGGACGGCACGUGGAGCGGGAUGAUCGGGGACGUCAUGCAGGGGGUACGCGGAUUUGCCCUAAGCGCCAUCACCAUCACCCCCCAGCGGGAACGAGUGGUGGACUUCACCAAGAGGUACAUGGACUUCGCGGUGGGCAUUCUGCUGAAGAAGCCGGUCAAGAAAACGGACCUCUUCGUCUUCCUGGACCCCUUCCACGUCAACGUGUGGCUGUGCACCAUCGCGGCGUUCAUCCUGGUGAGCGCGGUGCUGUUCCUACUGCACAGAAUCGGCACCAGGAAGACCGGCGACGACCCGAACGACGGGCCCGACUUUAAUCUGAGGAACACCAUGUGGUUUGUGUACGGCUCCUUCGUGCAACAAGGUGGAGACCUGACGAUCGGGCGCAUGCCCACUCGGAUCCUGACCGGCGUGUGGUGGCUCUUCACCCUAAUUAUCAUAUCAUCCUACACGGCCAACCUGGCAGCUUUCCUUACCGUGACCCGGAUGGACUCGCCCAUCCGAUCCUUCGACGACCUCGCCUCACAGACUGAAAUACCGUACGGGACGGUCACAGACACCAGCAUCGCUCAGUUUCUGGCCUCCUCGGAUGUUGAGACCUACCAGCGGCUUUGGUCUUUCAUGAAGAGUGAGAACAACUCGGCAGCUCUCGUCAGGACGGCGCAAGAAGGGUUCCAGCGGGUCAGGAAAGGGAAGUACGCCUUCCUCUGGGACGUCCCUGUGAUCGAGUACGAAGCUCUUACCGACAAGAACUGCGAGCUGACCACCGUCGGCAAAUCCAUCUACAGUAAAGGAUACGGCAUCGCUUUCCCCAGCGCAGACCCCUACAGAGACGAGUUCACAUUAGCAAUUCUCCAGCUGCAAGACUCCGGCACGUUGGACAAGCUCAGACACAAAUGGUGGCCCAAGAACGGCAAGUGCAAGUUGGACCAAGACAGCGCCUCCAGUUCCAGCUCUGCGCUCGACCUGGACAACUUCGCGGGUGUUUUCUGCGUGCUCGCCAUCGGCGUGGUCCUGGCGUGCGCAGUGGCGCUGCUGGAGGUUCUAUGGCACAUGUACCGCAGACGCAGGGAGAAACGCAACUUUCCCGCCAAGGAGAACGGAGAGCUAGCUUGUAAGGGAGGGUGUCAGAGCCCGUCCAACGUCACCGUCAGGAAAGACGAGAACGGCGAGAUCCACAUCAUCGUGUCUCCUACCAUCACACAAGUCCAAGUUCAACCUAACUUGUUGAUUCCGGCCCAGACGCCAGUCAAACAGUCCGCCUGGGAGCCCAGCAAGAGGAGCAAGGAGGAAUACGUACCCAUGAAGAAGGUGGAGUUCGCGUUGCCACCUGAAGGAUGUAGUAAACAGCAAGAGUACGUCAGAAAUGUGGACGAUUUUACGACGCGUCUGUAAAAGGACUGCCUGGAACCAAACAUUGGGACUAUGUAGGGCGCGGUGCGGGGUGCAGUUUCCGCGCGACCGCCAGGUGGACAGGACACACGAAACGGGGUGUGCCGGAUUAUCGUACGAUUCUGUGCCAUAGGAGAUUAAAUGCAGGAAACCUGUCAAAAUAUAUGCAUCGCUGUCGUGGCAUCAUCCACAGAAAGCCGAAAAUCAGUACGUACGUAUGUACGCGUCAAGGUCACCGAUGACCAUUGACCACCGUCGUCUCACGUUGACAUGCAUGUUCAAAAGCCACCGGCGCCGAACUUGAGAGUACAGAACCUGUCACAAACAGUUUUACGGAACGACCAAGACUCUGACUCGGACGGUGACGCAGUGUCAGCAUGGCAGUACCCGGGCUCUACCUACCACGUUAGCCUCCGUUUCAGACCCCACCGAGCAUUUCUUUCCUUUAACAAGAUGGCACCUGCAUGACGUCAAAAUCCAACAUGCCGUCCGCCAUGUACGCUGACGAAAACAACAUGGGUUUUGCUAUCCCAAGCUCUUAAUUGUAAAUGAAGUUCUGAUUGUAUUUCAUAUUCUGAUUGUAUACCUGGUUCCAUUUUUUGCUCGGACGGCCAAAUCUCAGCAAGCAAUCAGGACAUGGUAGCUAUCAGAAAACUGUGUGUACUACUGACUGAAAUAAGAAAUGUCAGGUGGGGUCUGCAACGGAGGCCACUGCCACGUCUGAUCACGUGACCAUAGCACGGCAUCAUGGUGAUAUGUUAUCUGCCGUUUGUAUCAUGAACGGCCACAUGUUAGCAGGUCGAAGAAGACUAGAAGCAGCCCAUUUUUAAUACUUGGUGAAGUCCUUGUCUGUUAUGGUCAACUGCUAUCACUCGGCGGAGAAAUGAGAAAUUACAACAUCUAAAUCGUGGUUUAGAUCGAACUGUCCAUCCACUUCACAUUUGAUCAGCGUGCCAACAUCAAAUUUCUUUUUGUUCGUCAUGGCUGCUUGGAGUGUACCGUAUUUUUCUUCGCAGGUCCCCAUUUUUAAAUAAAUAAAACACAAUCCUUGUAGCU